CGGAUAAAUAAUCGUAUCACGUAAAGUUUGAGAUGGCAAAAUUGAAACAAAAAUAAAUACGUGUGUUUUUAAGUUAUUAACAAUGGAGGAAGGAAAUUCUAUUAUAUAUGGUCUUGAACAUCAAAUGAUGUUUCUCUAUUAUUUCUUUCAGACACGGGCGCUCUCACCUCAGUACGGGGAGAGUGAAGCUAUAAGGUUCCUAAUCGGCACACAAAGUCUCAAGCCGCACACGAAUCAGGUUCAUGUGGUGGAGUUAGAAGAGGACACUGGCGCUUUACAUACAAAGGUGUUCAAACACGACAUCGGUGAGAUCUGGCACCUGCGCUGUUCCCCCCACGAUGCAGCGACACUGCUCACUGUACACAACGCAUACGACCCCAACACUUCCCAGUGCACAAUGGGGGUCACCAUUUAUAAGCUACCUACUGUUGAGGUCAUACCCAAAGAUCUGGACGACUUAAGCGCUAUUCAAGGGAGAAAUGCUGAGGAUCUGGAAGUUCUCAAAACUAUUAAACCUGAGAAACCGGACGAAGAGAUCCUCUCCGCGGAAUGGCACCCUAGCUCUCCGAAUCGCAUCGGCGUCGUGUACAGCGGCGCGGCGGUGGAGCACUGCGCGGAGUCGGGCGCCGCGCUGAGCCGCUGUGCGCCCGACCCGCGCUCGCGGCUGAAGCUCGCCGGCGGCAGGUGGCCGCAGCACCGCGCGGACCACCAGUUUGCAGUACUUCAGGAUACACACAUUAAAUGCUACGACACACGGACGGAUUGCUCGAAGCCGGCGUGGAGCAUAGACAACGCGCAUAGACAACUCGUGAGGGAUCUAGACUUCAACCCGAACAGACAAUUCCACGUGGCGAGCGCGGGCGACGACGCAGCACUCAACAUCUGGGACUACAGGAACGGCCGGGAGCCAAUCUUCUCCAGGACUGAUCAUUCACAUUGGGUGUGGUCGGUCCGUUACAACACAUAUCACGAACAGCUGCUGCUGACAGGCAGCUCGGACGGCCGAGCGCUGCUCACCGCCGCCGACAGCAUUUGUCGCGACCGCAGCGACCGCAGCGACCGCAGCGACAGCGACACGAGGCUGGAAGACGGAGUGUUGCAAUCAUAUGAACAGCACGAGGACUCCGUAUACUGCGCGGAGUGGAGCGCCGCGGAGCCCUGGACGUUCGCGUCGCUCAGCUACGACGCCCGCCUCGUGCUGUCGCGGGUGCCCCGCCAUUUCAAGUACAAAAUAUUGUUGUAGGAUUCAAAGUAAAUAAGUUUUUUUUUUACAAAAAUAUCAUUUUUAACACACAUCGGAAUAGGCUGAAAAAAAUUGAGAUAUAUCAAAGCUCGUAGAACAAAGUGGUUGUUAUGAUGUCAGCUUUCUAGUAUUGCGAAAUUGUUGGUAUUUCAAAAAUAACCAUGUGUAUCCCUCAGUAUUACUACUUCUACAAAUCAACUUGGGAUAAAAAUACAUUUUUUUGUAUGUAUGUUUGUAAUGCGAUAACUUUCAACCCAUUGGUUUGAUUUUGAUGGAAUUUAAAAGGUAUGUAGGAUCUGUCAAUAGAAUUUUUAAGUUGGUGGGGCAUCAAAAUCGGUUAAGUCGUUUUUUAAAUAUUCACGAUUUUUGUAAACACUCGUCAAAAUUUAUUGUGUUAGCGAGGUCAAGUUCGUGGCGAACAACUAGUGUAUACUAGCGGCCCGUUGUUCCGUCUCCACUCGGUAAAACCAUAAUAAUUUG